UGAUUGGAUCUUUGUGCCUAUCAUUAUACUUUUAUCUGAUUCCUUUUUAAAUGCUCCACUGAUAUAAAUGGUUUGAGGAACCCACUAAGCAAAGUAAGAAGAAAACAAAAUGAAGGGUCAACUCUCGGCGGAAACGACGGUAGGUGUGGCGGCGAGUGCAGUGUGGGAGGUCUACAAGGGGCUGGAGCUGGGAAGACUUGUGGAUAAAUUACUACCUGAUGUUCUUGGAAAGGUCGAAGUUACUGAAGGCGAUGGCGGUGUUGGUACCAUUGUUAAGCUUACAUUUCCCCCAGGAACUCCUGGAGCUGGUUAUAUGAAGGAAAUAUUCAAAAGGAUUGAUGAAGAGAAGCGAGUGAAGGAAACAGAAAUGAUUGAAGGAGGGUUUAAAGCACUUGGAUUUGAAUCAUAUAUAAUUCGGUUGGAAAUUAUUGAGAAAGGUGGUGAAUCAAGUAUUAUUAAAUCUUCAAUUGAGUAUGAGGUUGAUGAUAAAUUAGCCAAUCUUGCUUCUGAAGUGACCACUAAGCCUCUGGAAACAAUGGCAGAAGCCAUUGGGAAGUACCUUAGCGAUCAGAAAGCCUGUGCCUAGAAUGUUUGACAUCAAUUCUAGCAUUGUUAUAACAUCUAGUAACAUAUAAUAAAUUGUAAUAGUGCAGACACAGUUAUGUUUUUAUAUCAAUUGCAUUCUCAGAUUUUCAUUAA